AUGAAGGCCUCGGUAGGCCCAAUUCCGAACGCUUUCCAAACCUACCUGAGAACCUUCGUUUUCGACCACGCUACGGUGCGACCACUAGGCCGUUCAAUCUGUUCCAAUUGCUUGACGAGGCAACGAAGAUUCUCUCACAAUCUCAAUUCUUCUCGUCGGAAACUGCUACAUCGCUCCUACAGCACUAAUGUGUCCCGCGCCCCCAGCUUGCAGCUGCCCGCGCGGGGUCACCGACUGCAACACCAACACCAGAAGAGACAGCUUGCUGCCGUCGCCAACUUGGCCAAACACGGCCCUUUGGAAGAAUACGACGACCGCGUCCAUUCGAGGAAACUGCGCGACGAUGAGCAUCAGAGAACUCUGGUCGAACACCUUCAAGAUCUCCACGACAGCUUAAUAGACUACCAACCCCCCAAAGUCGUCCAUCCUAGCAUCGACGACCUCCAGCCCCAAAAGAAAUCCCUCUUUGGCUCUCUGUUCAGUGCCAACAAGAAAAAGAAGGUCAUCAAUGAGAUCCCGGCUGAACUACCCAAAGGUCUCUACAUGUAUGGAGAUGUGGGAUCCGGCAAGACCAUGUUGAUGGAUUUAUUCUACGACACCCUCCCUCCAAACCAGACCUCCAAAACCCGCAUUCACUUCCACAACUUCAUGCAAGAUGUCCACAAACGACUUCAUAAGAUUCGCAUGCAACACGGCAGCGAGUUCGAUGCCGUCCCCUUUGUCGCAGCCGACAUUGCCGAAACUUCCCAGAUCCUGUGCUUCGACGAAUUUCAAUGUACAGACGUCGCGGACGCCAUGAUUCUACGCCGCCUCCUCGAAUCCCUCAUGUCCCACGGCGUCGUCCUGGUCACCACCUCCAACCGACACCCGGAUGACCUUUACAAGAACGGCAUCCAACGCCAAUCCUUCAUUCCCUGCAUCAACCUCCUCAAGAAACAAUUACGUGUUAUAAACCUCGACUCCUCCACCGAUUAUAGAAAAUUGCCCCGCCCUCCGUCAGGCGUAUACCACCACCCUCUCGACCGCGCCGCUGUCUCCCACGCCAACAAAUGGUUCUCCUUCCUUGGCGACCCCGAAAAGGAUCCGCCGCACCCCACAACUAUCACGGUAUGGGGCCGCGACGUCUCCAUCCCACUGGUUUCCGGGCGUGCUGCACGAUUCACCUUCAACGAACUCAUCGGACGAGCCACAGGAGCCGCCGACUACAUCGAGAUGAUGCGGAGUUUCGACGCCUUCAUCGUCACGGACGUCCCUGGCAUGACACACCGCGAGCGCGACUGGGCUCGGCGCUUCAUAACCUUCAUCGACGCGGUUUAUGAAUCACAGGCGAAACUUGUACUGACGACGGCGGUCCCACUGUCGCAACUCUUCCUUUCGCGCACCGAGCUUGACGAAAGCCUUGAGAGCGUAAAUCGAAAAGUCAAAACGAAUCCAGAGUCUGCAAGCUCCGAUGAGAAGAAAGUCGCCGCCGAAUCGAAGCAGAGUGAGAGCGAUACCCAGGAGGGUGAGGGCCAUGAUGUCGACGAUGUCAUGCGGAAUCUCAUGGACGACCUGGGUAUGAGCAUGAGUAUGCUCAAGCAGAGUAGUUUGUUCUCCGGCGAUGAGGAGCGCUUUGCCUUUGCACGAGCCUUGUCCCGCCUUACGGAGAUGGGGAGUCAAGAGUGGGUGGAGAGAGGGCUGGGGUUGGAGAAGAAGGGCGGGCUCGGGGAGCGGGAUUCUUGGCAGCGCGUCAGGAGCCGCUGGAGAGAGGAUAGUUUGUGA